UUCAAUUUAGUUUGGUCUAUAUGUCAAUUCGGCCUAUAAUUUUAAUAUUUCACGGAACCAGUGACCGAAAUGCAUUAUAUUCGGGUUGGUAUGGUCGGUUCAAACAUUGAUAUGAUCUUGUAUGCUUAGGUAUACAAACCAAACCGUUGCACACCCCUAUACAUAAGCACGUACUUGUGGUCAUCCUCUAUGUAUAAACUCUAUAGAGUGAUUUUUUUGUGUGAAAAUAACAACCAUUCAAGAUAGGAGAAAAGCCAUGUAACUGAACCACUAUGCUAGAUGUGAUUGCUUUACUUCAUAGUCACGAAUACAUCUAUUUUCCCAGUUUAGUUUAGGGCUAGGGGGGGAGGGGGGGGGGGGGGGCAUGGCCCCCCUAGCAAUGAGUUGGCUCUGUCCCUCAUUGACAACAAACUUCUUUUGCUCACGAAACUUAAAAAAAACUGUAGAACUAUGACACCAGCGAGGCCAACUAUUUGGUUGUAUAGCCUCGUACACCUCUUUUAACUAAAAAAAAGGAAGGAACUAAAAGAGUUCUAAAGCUGUCUCUGCCGCCUCCCAAAGAGAAACUGGCUGCCACUCCUACAGGAUCAGGAUACUUUGAUUACGUAUUACGAAAAUAUCGUUGAAGUAGGACGAUGUUCACAGUUAGUCCAAAUGAGGAGAUACUUUGAUCAAUCAACUGAUGCCUUGAGCAACUAAAUAAUGACUAGUACUCGGCCCGCGCUCCGCGGCGGGGUAAUUUUGACUCCAGUCGUUUUGUGGAUUUUAUCAUGUUCUUUUUGCUAUACCAUUCGCAAAUAGUUGAGAUUCAUUGCGGCAGAGUGCGCAGAAAUGUAUUGGAGAUUUAGUUUGUCAGGACAUAUUAACAAACGAUAGUAUCUAAUGCCCUCGAUGAAAUUUAAAAGUUUGUGCACAGCACACAAACGCAUCUGCCAUAGUUUUGUCUUCAUUGAAAAUAGGGAAUAGAAACUUUAGUUCAAAAUGGAGGAUUCUAAGGGUGGAUAGGAUACUUCGGUAGGUCUUUCUGUCAGUGGUGCUGAUGGUCACUUGUCUAUCCUUGAGGUAUGCCAAAGUGUCGCUACUCUUAUGUGGGAUACGGCUGUCCUGGUUCUGUUCUUCAGAUCUGAGGAACCGAUGUAGAGCUCUCCUGCAAACAUUCUGCUACAUCUUUUGACCAGCAACGCCUUGGCCGAUUCUGCAUCGAGUUUUUUGUAUUUGCUGGGUGACAUUCCUAUUAUUGAGAGCAUAGCCUCGUGCGCCCUGCUGCGGGAUACGCUUCAUUUGUGUAAUCUUCUGUUGUCGUAACUCAAAAUUAAUGCAGAGUCGGGGAGCGUACAAAUGGAAACAACAAUUAUUCUUGGCCCGCGCUCGGCGUUAAGACAGGCGGUUCAAUUUCUUUUAAAACAAUUGUGGAAAUUUUGUAUUCGCGUCGGACUACGUGACUUAUGAAUGACAUUAGAAUUAUCUAACCUAUUUAGUGAAUUCAAUAAUUAAAACUAUAUAAGCAAAGCACCGAUCAAUUAUUUACACACCAUGGCACAUAGUGAUACUUUGCAAUUGCAUGGAUUGUACAUUGGUGAUGUUUUGAGAGCUGAUGUGUUCAUAAUAAUAUAAGCAAAUGACCAAAAGAAAGGUCUUAGUGCAAUACUCGUAGAGAUCAAAAUUAACCCUCUUUAGAACAGUGUGGUUCAUCUCUGAACUGUGGGAGCUCCAACCCGAUUCAAGAGAACUUCAGCGUUCUGCAGGAAAAUAUACAGCAGAUCACCAGCUAUCUAAAUACAUAGACAUCACUUUCAAAACCCAAUACUAAUGCAGGGACAGACUUAAUAGAAUGAGCACAACUUGACUUGAUAAUUAAAGGAGAAAAAAAUAUGAAAAGGCCAUCUAUAAUUGAACAUACAACAAUUCUGGUGUACAAAUAAAAUCAUCAAAAUGGUUAUUGGAAAUUGCCUAGGCUUGUCAAGGCCUCAAUCUACCUUCAACCUGCUGCUAAACAUCUAUUCCAUAAUGACUCACUUCUACUAUCACUCCAGGAAUUGGCCAAGUGUAACCACUUUCUAAAGCGUAGUAUAGCGGGUUUAGGUUUAAAUGUCAACCCGGGUCCUAGAUUUGAUGACUACUCGGUGAAUUCUUGUUAUCUAGCAAUGAAACUUUAAUGCAAGUCUAAACUAACAAAGCAAGUAAACUGUUGUAUUCAGGUUAAGAGAGGUCACCCGGAUAUGGUUCCCCCUAGACUGCAGUUAAGCCGGAUUGUAAUUACCAAGUCCAGUUUCUAUGAUAGUUAUACUGUGGAAGGUUCUUAAACAGCCUGAAGUCUCGACUAAAGGUCUUCAGACCCUCUCAAUCUGAGUCUCUAGCGGGCGACUAACCUCCAUCGGAGUAAACAAAUUGAGGCCUUAACAAACAAAACCUCCACUACCGGAGUAAAUCCGGUACAGAAUAGUGGGUUGGCUCCUCGACUAAAGUAACCAACUCCCUACCUUCAAUCAAGGAUGCUCUAUCAACCUAGGCAGAUAUUCUCAUUCUAGGUCAAAGCAGAAACAACAGGAAUUUGAUCAGGAUUCAAGUUAUUCAAUCAUUCAAACCUCAAUCGAAUAUAAUCAAAUCAUAGAAUCAGUACUUGGGUUCAUACAAUCAAAGCCUAACAUACAAAUCUAGUUUUCUCCAUACCCAGAUGAAUGGGAGAACUACUCCAUGGAGAAAGAAGCAAAAGCAGAAUCAGACGCGGAAUUCAUACUGUGAAGGAUGGAUUCCUGCUCCUGGACGUUGAUCGGCACUUCUCCAAGCUCAAACUGGCCUUCAAUGGUGAUGAAGAUCAAGCUAGGGCACUUGGAGAACUACUCCAUGGAGAAAGAAGCAAAAGCAGAAUCAGACGCGGAAUUCAUAUUGUGAAGGAUGGAUUCCUGCUCCUGGACGUUGAUCGGCACUUCUCCAAGCUCAAACUGGCCUUCAAUGGUGAUGAAGAUCAAGCUAGGGCACUUGGAGACUCUUGUUCGUCGCUUUCUCUCUCUAGGAAUCGCUCUAUCUCUCUCAAAACUCGAAUCCCCUUCUGUUUUGGCUGAAAUAUGCUUAAAAAGGCAUCAGUGGCCAAAGCACGGUCGAGGGCACGGCCGUGUAAUGCCUCAGCCCGCCCGUGCUUUGGCUAGGGUUAAUUACACGGCCACUGUGUUGGGAGAAACACGGGCGUGUUUGAUGAUGGACACGGCCGUGCUUUGGUGGACACGGCCGUGCUUUCAGCCCGUGUUUGCAGCUUGAAUUUGCCAAACUCAAUUAGCUCUCGGCAGUAAAAGCACGGCCACAGAACACGGCCGUGUUCUGUUUUAGGUGUGCCCGUGUUUUGACCCCAGCUCGACAAAAUGACUUCCGAAUGCCCCGAAACGCGUGCUUAGCCUUUCCUUUGACGCCUGGGACCUGAAAUAUGACAAAAUAGCACAACCCGGCGUAAAAUAGGCCAAAAAUACAUGACUAUGCCAUCAAACGGAUAAGAACUAGGGGCGCAAAUAUGUGCAAUUACAUCGUUAUCAAAUUCCCCCACACUUAACGGUUUGCUUGUCCCCAAGCAAACCAAACUCAAACCAAUGCAGCUCUCCAGACCUCUAUAGCAACAAACAACCCAGAUCGUAGGUAGAGGACUUCCUAGAUCAUUUAGCAACUUACGAGGUCAACCGACGCAUAAGUCAUCUCAUAGCUUCUUCGGCGAGAGCACUAGUCUCGAGUCGGCAUCAUGGCAAAUAGUGAACAGAGGACAAAUGAAUCGUGGAUGAAGAGAUUCUCAAAAACAAAGGAUCAUGGACUCA